CUUGCGAUAGUCGCUGUAGUGGGUGGCCGUCGUCAUCAUGGACCAAGAGGACCACCGCUACCACCGCCACCAUUUUUUCUGGAUUAUGUUGGUCAAGAGGCCAGACGCGAGUACUACAAUAUAAUGCAUAAUAUGAACAUCACCAUCGCCGAACAGAAGAGUGAAGUUCUAACAUGGGCAACAAAGAAUAACAUCACAAAAAUAGUGGAAGAAUUCAAUGCAAACACGACUAAGAUGAUGGACGAAACGAAACAAAAUGUGACAGCACUGAUCACCAAACUGCCAACAGCACUGAAUAAGAUAUUAGAAAUAUUGAACAAUGAAAACCAGACUGUUGUGCAGAAGAACCAGGCUUUGGCCGAUAUGAACGCUCAGGAGCCGGAGGCUUACAGUGUCAUUCUUAAUGUUUUCGACAUGUUCAUGCCUUGUGACUGCGAUGAUGGAGGGGCCGGUGGACCUGGAGGACCCGGAAGACCUAGAGGGCCCGGUGGACGUGGAGGGCCUGGAGGCUCUCGUGGUCCACCAGGAGAUGGAUGGAAUCCACGAUUCCAGCCUAGUGGUUAUGGAGGCUCUCAAGGGAUGAACGGAUUUGGUCGAUCGCGAGGCCGCGGAUACUACGACUCCGACGAGUGGUAUGACAAGCGUGGUCAGGGAGGAUACAGAGGUUGA